AGAUGUGAAGAGCAGCAAAACAACUUGAUCCAAAUACUUUUGCUGUUAAAUGAGAUACUUCAUGAAAUGCCUACAUGUCAUUAGCCUCAAGCUUGCCUACAACUCAAAAGAAGAAAGAAUUCUUUGAAAGUGGGUCAUGCUUUAAGCGUUGAAGACUUGACAGUCCAGUUGUGAGCACAACACACGAUGCCUUACCACUGUGUGGCCUAUGGAUGCGGCAAAACUGCCGAAGAUGGUGUAACACUAUUUAAAUUCCCCAAGGACCCUGAGGAGUUUCGCAAAUGGGAGAAACAGGUCCAGCGCACCCGCAGCCACUGGGUCGCCUCACCCAGUUCCCACCUUUGCAGUGAGCAUUUUGGGAAGGAGUACUUUGAGUCCAGAACACCUACAGGGGCUCUGAAGCUGAGACCAGGAGCUGCUCCGACAGUCUUUGUCCGUCCACAUUGUUCCGCCUGCAGUGGAGCAGGCUGUAGCAGAUGCCUGCCUGCCAUCCAACGCCGGAGUAUUACAGCUGAACCAAGAGAGCGCAGCACUAGUGGAGAACGCAAUGAAAUGACUCAAAUACGGUCUGAUAAAACUGAUGGAGGGGGUAAUGAAGAACGUCUGGCAGGAUUAGGGUUGAAGCUGGGGGAAAAACACGAAGAUGAUCGGCCGGUGAUGUGUGAGAUGUGUGGGACCACCGGCACAGUUAGCUCCUUCUUUUCAAAGACAAAACGUUUCUGCAGCAUCUCCUGCUCACGCUCCUAUUCAUCAAACUCCAAGAGGUCCUCCAUACUGGCUCGUCUGCAGGGAAAGGCCCCCUCAAAAAAAUCUACCGUGCUGAGCAAGAUGAACAGAACCCCUCCAGUCGCACCAGCAGUCGAUGCAUCUUUUGGCUUCGACUGGGGCUCCUAUUUAGAGAAGGAAACAUCUCUGGCUGCGUCUGUCUCCUGCUUCAGACACGCUCCUCUGUGUGCCAACUGGGACGACAUCAGUGUCGGGAUGAAAGUGGAGGUCCUGAACUCAAACGCAGUUCUUCCCAGUAAAGUGUACUGGAUCGCCACGGUCAUCCAGGUUGCAGGAUACAAAGCUCUGCUAAGAUACGAAGGCUUCGAGCACGAUAGCAGCCAUGACUUCUGGUGCAGCCUCGUUUCAGGAGAGCUGAACCCAAUCGGGUGGUGCGCCAUGACAAGCAAGCUGCUGGUGCCGCCGCAAGAUGUGAAUACGAACAUCCCAGACUGGAAAGAGUAUCUGAUGAAAAAGCUGGUGGGGGCCCACACUCUCACUGUCGACUUCUACCUGAAGCUGGCAGAACACAUGAAGACCUCUUUCAGAAUUGGCAUGCGGGUGGAGGUCGUGGACCCCAAACACGUGAGCCGGACCCGCGUGGCCCUCAUCGAGUCCAUCGUCGGAGGCCGCCUGCGGCUGGUGUACGCUGACCAAAGUGACGCUCCGGAGAACACCGUCUCUGAUUUCUGGUGCCACAUGUGGAGUCCCCUCCUGCACCCGAUAGGCUGGUCCGCCAGAGUGGGUCACAACAUUAAAACUCCUGGUGAGUUUAAAAACCGAGGAAGUUUCUUUGAAGAAGGAAUGAAGCUGGAGGCCAUCGACCCUCUCAACCUGGGAAGUAUCUGCGUGGCCACUAUACACAAGGUGCUGUUAGACGGCUACCUGAUGGUGGGCAUCGAUGGCACCACAUCAGAAAAAGACUCUGGCUGGUUUUGUUACCAUGCUUCCUCUCAUGCCAUCCUUCCUGUGGACUUCUGCAAAAAGAACAACAUCCCUCUCACUGUACCUCAAGGUUAUGACUCUCAGACCUUCACGUGGGACAAAUACUUAAAGGAGACGGACGCUAAAGCUGCACCGCCGAGACUCUUCAACGCUGACUACCCAGGUCACAGCUUCUCCCCCAACAUGAAGCUGGAGGCGGUGGACCUGAUGGAGCCACGUCUGGUGUGUGUGGCCACCGUGAAGCGCUACGUUGGCCGCCUGCUGCUCAUCCACUUCGACGGCUGGGAGGAUGAGUUCGAUCAGUGGAUCGACCACCAGUCCCCGGACAUCUACCCUGUCGGCUGGUGUGAGCUCGUCGGCUACCAGCUCCAGCCGCCUCCUGGCCUCGUCGAUUUAGUUGAAAACCAGGUGGUACGGAACAAGAAAACCAAGCCCUUUGUGUUCGGGAAAAAGCGAAGGAAAUAUACAAGGAAGAGGCUGUCUCAGGAGCAAGCUAAAGAUGAUGCAGAUUAUCAGGCUGAGGUUGUCGGCGUCGACAGUCCUCAAGCUCCUCCUCCAAAAGCGCCACUGAUCCAACCCAAGGCCGAGCAAGAGGAGCAGGAGAUCUUUGCGGUGGAGGUGAAAGUGGAGGAGAUGGAGAUGGAGACUCCUAUCGGGCCCCCAGACAACCCUCAGCAGGCCUCUGUGGGUGUGAUCAAACAGGAGGGGGCUGGGCAGCAGGCUAAGUCAAGACUGCAUCAGGUCCUGGAGCAGAGUAGUUUGGACAGAGAACAUGAGAAGACAGAGCAAAGUAAAACAGCAGACGACAGACGUGAAGAGCGCAGAUCGCUGGAAGAGAGCUCGACCGCUGACAGUCACACGGAGCAGAGUGAAAAUGAAGGACAGAAACUAGACCAAGAGGACGAGAGCCAAGAAGAUGACAGCGUCAUGGAGGAAACAUCAGAGAUCAGCGCAGAGCAAGACACUGCAGGACAAGCUGAAGCAAUCAUUACAUGAGACGAGUUUUUAAUGAUGGAAACUGUAGAAAAGGCGAAGAAGCAAAGAGAAGUGAGUUUAUUAACGGGUAGAAUAAACCCAGAGUGGGAAAGCAGACAGAGGUUUAUUUAGAGCAAACAACAGUUGAGAGCUAUUGUAUCUCUAGUAGUUUACAUUUAUAAUCCUCAAGAUUUCAGUCCUGGCUGUGUCAGCAACACCAGCGGUUCAGUUUACACUACAGGACCUAGAAUUCUUUGUCUAAAUCGCAGUCCUUAAACAGCUGCUCCAUUUUAGCUCCUGUGUCUUUAAGAGCUCUUCCUGAAAAGUACAGUCUGCUCUGAUUGGUCAGCUGGCUCGACAAAAGUGACAGCAACAUUGCUUACAUGCUGUAACCCCAGAUUUAUUAUAUUUAUAAGGGAUGCCACUUUAACAGCAGCAUCUCUAGUAAGGAAAUAAGAGCGGACUGUGAGGAAGCUGCUCAUUCUUUUAGUGCCAAACCUGCUCCUUGGCAGGUGUCAUGCCAGUGUGUAACAUAAUGAUGUAGAGAGGUUGUUGAAAGAAAGCUGAACUGGCAGAUAAGUAGCAGGGUCUUCAGUGGGAGAGAAUGCCUGCCUUUGGUUUGAACUUUGUAAGUUUGCAGAGGUUUUAAAUGCACAAAUAGCAGCUACAUUACACUAAAGGAAAGGGAAGCAGAAUAUGGCUUUUAAUGAAUAAAUCAGUGGAUAAUGGCUGAACAGUAGAACAAUGUGUUGUUACCUUGCUGAGAAGUUGAUGUGCUACUUGUCAGGCAUAAAAUUUCAUUUAAGGUCGAUGCCACACUUUCCACAUCCAGGAGACAGUGAGGACCCAUGUCAUGUAAAUUUUGUAAUCGAACCAAAUCUUGGCAGUUUCCUCCACGUGCAGCCCAAAACGUGACAACGCAGCAUAGGGUAAUAGAGCACGUGCAGAAUGGGGUUUUCCAAGUGAAUUCCCUUCUACUACAAAACAACUACAUAUUGUGGGUAUCUGCAGCAUAAAACCUGUUACCAAUAACUUAAUAAACCACUUCUGACAGUGUUUGGUUGUAAAGUUGAAAUCAGUGUUACAAAAUGAUAAACACUAAGCUGUAUGACUGGAUAUCAUGCAUAUGUGGAGUAUUUAAAAUGAAAGCUGCUGCUUAAAUAAACAGAAUAUUAAUACAG